AUGGCUGUCGGUGCUGGCUUCGAGACGAGCGAAAACAUCAGGUACGCCUUCCCUGAACUGGUGUCCAUGGACUAUAGUCUCUGGCCGUAUAUAUUUCAAUUGGAUUUCGCCCCCGACGUCUUCACGCAUCUUCGCUUCAUCGCCUGCCUCCAUAGGAGUGUGUCUUCCUUCCUGCACGUUAUUUGGACGGGUUACUUCGGUGGUUAUACGUACGUCAACGUUUAUGUUGGUAAAAUAGGAAUAUUUAUUACCGUUGCCGUGUCACUACAGCUCUUCGCCGAUCGUGUGAUGAGCAUCUCUGAGUUCAAUAUAGUGGUCUAA